UUAUUAGUUAUUACUUAUCAUUCACUACAGUAACACCUUUGUGAACGUACGCUUAUAGACACUAUUAAGAUAUUUGCAAACUUCUUUAACAAUACAUACAGUGUAUCGUUUGUUGGUGUGAGUUUUACGGUUGUGAGUGUAUAGUUAUAUUGAUAAGGAAUAUGGCUCAGGAGAACAAUUCCCAAGAGAAAAGUCGCGAGGUAUUGUGUACGGAGUCCACGAUAACCCUCGACAGAGAGAGCGAAUGCGGCAAAGAGGAAUACGACCCGUUCCAACACAGGAACGUUGAGCAUCCCACAUCGACUCUCGGCGCAUUCUUUCACUUGCUGAAGUCAUCGCUAGGCUCGGGUCUGCUAGCCAUGCCAGCUGCCUUCAAACAUACUGGCAUAAUCCCGGGCUUCAUUGGUACUAUGCUGGUGGCCGUGAUAGCUACCCAUUGUGUUCAUAUUUUGGUGAAAACUUCAAGGGAUAUUUGCAAGGAAUGCCGAGUCGGAUACCUUAGCUAUACGGACACUUGUGUGAAGGUAUUCAAACACGGACCAAAGCAGUUGAGGGCUUACACUGAAUUCGUAAGGCAUUUUGUAGAUUACGCCAUGGCCGGAGUGUGCCUCGGAGGGACCAGCGUCUACGUAAUCUUCAUUGCUUCCUCUUUAAAAAACAUUUGUGACCAGUUUUACCCAGACUCUACCUACCGGGUGGAGGUUUACUGCGGAGUUCUGCUGCUGCCUCUGAUUUUACUAACUCAAAUCAGACACCUCAAGUUCCUCGUGCCUUUCUCAAUAUUCGCCAACCUGUGCCUCGUAAUGACAUUCAUCGUCACUUGCUACUAUACGUUCGAAGAUGUUCCCAACAUGUCUAAUGUGGACCUUUUCAAUAGUGUAGAAAACUGGCCCUUAUUUUUGAGUACAGCUAUAUUCGCGAUGGAGGGGAUCAACGUGGUGAUGCCAGUGGAGAAUGAGAUGGCUCACCCUCAACACUUCCUGGGAUGUCCGGGCGUGCUCAACGUCACCAUGGUCUUUGUAGCCAUCCUGUAUGCCGUGGUCGGCUUAUUCGGGUACCUGAAGUAUGGUGAUGAGGUUCUUGGAAGCAUUACACUGAAUUUGCCGGAGGGUGAACCACUAGCAUUAGCAGCAAAGAUAUUCGUCAUUCUGGCGGUGUUCUUCACAUACUUUCUGCAGAUGUACGCGCCCAUGGACAUCAUGUGGACGCGCCUCAAGGGCAGGAUCAGUGCCAGCUUCCAUAACCAGGGGCAAAUAUUGAUGAGGACUUUAAGUGUUACGCUUACUGUUAUUUUAGCCGCAGCUGUCCCGGACCUGGAACUUCUAAUAGCCCUGGUUGGAGCGGUUUUCUUCUCAACCCUGGGAUUAUUCAUCCCAUUGGUCAUCCAAACCGUCCACAAGUGGGAAAGGGGAUUGGGCAAAUGCUCCUACAUACUGUGGAAGAAUGCGGUACUUCUAAUGCUUUAUGUUACAGUGCUAGUUUCUGGCUGUUAUUCUUCGAUUAAUGCGAUAAUUGCUAGGUUUAGUUCGUAGUUUUAAGUUAUACCUAAUGCCCAAUAGUUUUUAAGAGACGAAUAUCUUAGCAAUCCAUGGAUUACCCUGCGGGUGCCGGGACCAUCGUGUGGAAGAUAAAAAAACUUUUAUAAAGCCAAGUCCUGGACUUUGCUCGGAAUUCAAGAUUUUUAUAAUAUUAAAAAAGACGUAGGUAUAUAGUAUAGGGGUCUCGAGAAAGGACUGUAAUUUUUCUGAAACAGACUGAAAGGGUAUCAAUAUUAUUUACCUAAUUGUAAAUGUAUAAGCCCUACAAGCAACCCUCGUUUGCGUGGGGGUUUAAAAAUCAACAAUAAUAUUGUUCAGCAUAGUAAAAUCCAAAGAGCCUUGUAACAUGAAGCAUUCUCUUGGAAAAUAAUUAAAUUGACUCGAGUGUAUUUACACACGUCUUCCGCGCCGCUCCUCAAAUAUUUCAACACAUUUUCCGUCCCAUUAAUCUCAAGGAAAUGAUAUUUUAUAAAGGCCUGUCGCUCACUUAAGCGGACACCGACAAAAUCAAAGUUAACAUUUUCUUAACUGAUAUACACCAUGUGACGAGUCAAAAUAAUUAUUUAUUAUUUGAUCAUGAUUAGUCAUUUAUGACAAAAGAUGAUUUCCUGUAUUUCCCAUUAGGUACAUGCGGAAAAUUCCAGCCCUGCGAAUGGCCAAUCCGCAUACCCAGCGUGGUCAUUCUACGGGUACAAACCUUAUGGAUACAGCCAAAAAAGUUCUGGCGGCUCGUUGUGUUUGGAAAUCCAUGCAAGAAGGCUAUGUGCAGCAGUGGACGUCCAUCGGCGGAUAAUGAUGAUGAUGAAUACGAAAAAAGCUAGUCAAAAAUAAGGCCUCAAAAAACUAGGCUAGACACCUAUUUGAUAUCACCAUCUAGACCUAUUACUUAUCUUAUCCAAAUACCCACAUGUAGUAAUUCACUACCAAGCUCUUUGUCGUAUUAGUAAUUUGGAACAAUUCCAAACUGGUUAACGGGACACAAUUCGCUCUGAUGUGCGCAAGCCUUUAUACAAUUUUAUUACCCUGUAAAUGGGAUUUUGUUAACCUCCCUUAGCCUAUAAAAUUUAAGCGUGACUUAUUGACGUAUAUUUGGUUUAUCAAAAUUUUUCUCACAUUCGACAAUUGUGGCUCGGUGGCUUUGAUU